AUGACCCUCAAGAUUCAGGUAUCGUUCGAGCCGCCAUUUUACGCUGGAAAGGAUAUCAUUGGAGCACAGCAUGUCAGGAUUCGGGUGGACGAUUCGCUGGGCGGCCAUGAAUUCCGUUGGCCCAUAUAUACGAGUCUACAUGAUUCAUGUGCUGAUGAAGUGUUAGCCCGAGACAGAUUACGCCGGAUGAAAUCGACAGAGACAUGCAGCUUGGCCUUGGAUCGCCUAUCUCAAUGCCUCAACAAUCACAGCGAGUGUCUUAAGCCGGUCCAAAAUAGAUUGCUUCCCACUCGUGUCAUUGAUUGCACAGACCCGGAACGGCCGAAAUUGUAUCUCACGGGCGGCAGUACUCUAGGAUCUUAUGUUGCGCUCAGUUAUGUAUGGGGCGAGGAUCAGCCAAAUAAAACAAGAGAAUGCAAUUUGGGUCAAUAUAGCCAGGCCAUUGAGGCUCAUCUGCUUCCCCAGACAGCUCGGGAUGCAAUUUGGGUGACAAACACAUUCGGAGAAAGAUAUCUCUGGAUCGACGCAUUCUGCAUCAUCCAAGACUCUACAGAGGACAAGCGCCGGGAAAUAGCCAAGAUUCCGACAAUAUUUGCUGAUGCUUCAUUCACUAUCAUCGCUGCGCGGUCGUUCAAAGCAAGCCAGGGUUUCCUUCACGACUGCCCGCCGCCAUCAGUCCUUGUAUAUCGUCUGCCUUUCCCAUGCAGAGAUUACCGCGGUUCGUUUGGUACCAUGUACGUGGAACAAGACAAGAACAGUGACUACGAUGCCAGCGUCGAGAUUGAUGAUCCUGUACAUAAACGAGCUUGGUGCCUUGAGGAACGUCUCCUCUCUCCGCGCGCAUUUGCGUAUACCUCCAGCACUCUUCGAUACUACUGUCAGAUGAGUCGUAUCAACGUCGGUAACGCCGUACGGCAGUUGGAUGGCCAAACGACCCGGCGCCUUAACAUAGAUUGGAAGCCCCAGGUAGAUGAAAGACUCUACGAUCCAAUAACUGAACCAGAGUUAGACCACAACAGGCGCACGAGGCUAUGGGAUAACAUCUUACACAAUUACAGCGGCCGGACAGUUACACACUUUGAAGACAAACUCAUUGCGCUCGCAGGCGUAGCAAGUCGCUUUAGCGUCCGGUGGGAAAAGGGAGAGUACUUGGCAGGUCUGUGGAUGAAUAGCCUACCGCACGAUCUUUUGUGGCGUGUAGACUAUAACGCCCGGUUACCGCGACCGAGAGGAUUCAGGGCACCAUCAUGGUCGUGGGCAUCGGUAGACAGUACUGUUGAAGCUACAAAGUCUCAUCCGCGUGAGACGCUUUUGUAUGAACUGAAGGACUGCGAAGUGAAGCUUGCAUCUGACUUGCUUCCUUUCGGCGCAGUGACAUCGGCAUGCUUGAGAAUGCGUGCACGUUUGGUACAAGCCAUAUGGCGCGACGACAGUCUUUAUGUGCGCCCGCCUCGAGUUGAUUCGUCAUUCUCUCGGGCGACUGGCAGUGGCAAGCAGCAAGAAGCUGAGCCAAAGGUCUACCGCGCGUGGUUGGAUACGACGGAAGUGUGUAACAGAAGCGUCUGGGCGUUACUCAUUUGCUGGCGAUCAAAGGCUGCAGAGUUGGCAGGGCUGAUUGUAGAGCCAGGUGAAGCUCCAGGAGAGUACAUGCGGGUGGGUUGCUUCCAAGAUUAUCCUCGAUGGAUGUCAACAGACAGCUUUCAAGAUCUCAGCCUACAUGAUAUAACAUUCGUUUAG